AUGGGGAUGAAGAAAUGAAUGAUAGUUGAUGUAAAAUGAAGGUAGAAUUCUACUUAAUAUAAAAAUGUCUUUACAAUUAGAACUGUCCAGCAUGACAGUGGUGGGCUAUUUCAGACUAUGAUGCACUGGGGAGUUUUAAAUAUGACUAGAAACCAAAUAGUAUUACAGAACAGACUCCCACUUGGAAAAUGGAAUAACAAGAGAACUUCUGAGGCUCUUUCCAAUGCGGAUAUUUAGUUUAUAUAUCAGAACACUAAACUUUUUAAAAGUUUAAACAGAAAUCUAAAGUAGUUCUUAUCCAAAUGCCAAAAAGAAAAGUUGCCUUCUUAGCAACAUUGACAGAGGCAAAACUAUUUAUCUUUAUUACCUAUUACCUGUGUUCUCACUCAAGCAAGAUAUUUUUCUUUACUGAUACUUCUGUCCUUUGGUCUGAAGUUAGGUAAGUCAUAAACUCAAUGCUAAUAGAAAUUUUUGCCAUAGACACUGACCACAGGAUGCUGACAAAUAUGUCCCAGUAGAAACCGUCAAUACCAAUGUCUCAGCAAUUCAAAAAAAUAAAUAUCUCCCAUUCAUCCCCUUUUAAUGAGAUUCUUCUCUAACAAAUCUGUUUCUUCUCUCCACAGAUCAUGAACUCCAGGUACAGGGUGUCUUUGGACAACCAUACAUAUAUCAGCCAGUUUAUUUUUUCCAACUUCUCUGAUGUCCCUGAGCUGUGUUACCUUCUCUUUGCUAUUGUUCUGUUAAUGUUCCUGACAUCACUUACAGGCAACACCCUGAUAGGUAUUGUUAUACAGUCCACACCAGCCCUCCACACUCCAAUGUAUUUCUUUCUAGUAAACCUCUCCUUCUUGGAGAUUGGUUAUACCUGUACAGUGGUACCCAAGAUGCUGCAGAGUCUAGUAAGUGAGAACCGGGAAAUCUCACGCUUGGGUUGUGCCACACAGAUGUUUUUUUUCACCCUAUUUGGGAUCAGUGAGUGUUGCCUUUUGGCAUCUAUGGCUUUUGAUCGUUAUGUUGCCAUUUGUACUCCAUUACGCUAUGCUACAAGAAUGAGUUGGAGUAUGUGUACCCAGCUAGCAGGAGUUUCAUGGAGCAUAGGUACUCUGGUAGCACUAGGACAGACCAAUUAUAUCUUCUCCCUCAACUUCUGUGGCCCCACCAAGAUUAACCAUCUAUUCUGUGACAUUCUCCCUGUUAUUGCACUGGCCUGUGGAGAUACUUCACAUAAUGAGAUGGCAGUCUAUGCAGUGGCUUUUCUAUUCAUUGCCAGUCCCUUCUUACUCAUCAUUGCCUCUUAUGGAUUCAUCCUCGCUGAUGUACUAGCUAUGUCUUCACCUGAAGGACAGCGCAAGGCUCUCUCAACCUGUUCUUCCCACCUCAUUGUGGUAACACUCUUCUAUGGCUCUGGCUCUAUAACAUACCUGAGACCCAAAGCUAGUCACUCUCCAAUCCUGGACAAACUGCUUGCCCUCUUUUACACUGUGGUAACAUCCAUGCUGAACCCUAUCAUCUAUAGUUUAAGAAACAAAGAAGUCAAAGCAGCUCUCCAGAAAACCUUGGGGAAAAUAAUGUGUUCUGUCCAAGAUAAGAACUGAAAUAUCCAUCUUAUUUCUUUGUGUUGUAUUGAAACUCCUCCAAAAAUGAUAGAGAGCAGAGAAUUGCCUAUUUGUUAUUAUAUCAGUAAUGAUUCUCCAAAAUUUUCUCAACUUAAUAAAUAAUGUCUGUAGACUGGAAGUUCUAAGAGAUUGCAAACAUGGAAUGAAUUUAUCUAUGGAAGAACACUUUGUGGCAAGUCA